AUAUAUAUAUAUAUAUUCGUUUCCUUUACCAGCAGGCAGAGAGCCUUCCUUUUCCGAUUCUCUAUUUCCUUUCCUCAUUCCCAAUCUCCGAUCCAUCCCUAAAAACAACUGACGAGAGAUCGAUGAUGAUGAAGAUGCCUUGGAGGAGGAAGAGCAGGAGCUUCCAUCUUCAGCUACAAGGGGCAAUUGGUACCAUUCAAUCUCCAUUCCUAUUCUUAUUUACCAAUUAUUGCCAUUCUUCUACUUCCACACUUGAAGAUGCACGCUUCUUGACAAAUAACUUCAAAUCUGCUUCUUUUACCCGCCUUGAUGAUGCCAUUGCUUCCUUUAAUCAUGUAAUUCAUAAGCAUCCUCUUCCUUCUAGGGCUCAAUUUAGUAGAUUCUUAUCUGCCCUCCUGAAAAUGAAACAAUAUCACACUGUCUUUUCCAUGUCCAAAACAAUUGAAUUGCUAGGAAUCUCACACGAUGUUUAUUCUCUUAGCAUCUUAAUUAAUUGCUUCUGCCAUUUACACCUUGUGGAUUUUGGUUUCUCUGUUGUUGGUAAGAUGCUCAAAUUGGGAUUGGAGCCUGACGUUGUGACAUUUACUACCUUAAUUAAUGGGCUUUGUAUAGAGAGCAAAAUCGACAAAGCAGUGGAAUUUUUCGAUGAUAUGGUUGCACGUGGUUAUCAACCUAAUGUUCGUACUUUCAAUGUGAUAGUAAACGGAUUGUGUAAAUUUGGGAAAACAAAUGUGGCUAUUGGGCUACUAAAGGGAAUGGCUGAUAGAGGUUGUGAGCCAAAUGUUGUGACAUACAGUGCAAUCAUUGACGCCCUUUGCAAGGAUGAGCUAGCUGGUGAGGCUUUAGAGCUCUUCUCUCAAAUGAGGAAUAAGGGCAUUUCACCUAAUGUCAUCACUUACACUAGUUUAAUUCAUGGUGUUUGCAAAUUUGGUCAAAAGAACCAAGCUUUGGCCUUGAUGAAUGAAAUGGUGGAGCAGAACAUAUUUCCAAAUGUUUAUACCUUCAAUGUAUUGAUUGAUGCUCUUUGUAAGGAUGGAAUGGUUUCAGAGGCUCAAAAUACAUUCAAUGUAAUGAUUCAAAGAGGUUUAGAGCCUGAUGUGAUCACAUACACUUCCUUAAUUGAUGGUCUUUGCAUUUCAGACCAAUUCAAGGAAGUUUUGGCCUUGUUGAAAGAAAUGGUGGAGAGGAACAUAUCCCUUGAUGUUUUUACCUUCAAUAUAUUGAUCGACACUCUUUGUAAGAAAGGACUGGUUUCAAAUGCACCAAAUAUAAUAAAAAUAAUGAUUCAAAGAGGUGUGCAACCUACUAUUGUCACUUAUAAUUCAAUGAUGGAUGGAUAUUGUCUAAGCAACCAAAUUGAUAAGGCUAGAAAGCUAUUUGAUCUGAUGGUGACUAAUGAAAUAGCUAACAUUUUUAGCUACAACAUUUUGAUCAAUGGAUAUUGUAAGUGCAAAAUGAUAGAUGAUGCAAAAGAGCUUUUUGAUGAAAUGUCUCAUAAAGGUUUAGUUCCUGAUGUUGUUACUUAUUCUACUCUUAUAAAGGGUAUGUUUCAAGCAGGGAGGCCCCAAAAUGUAAAAGAGCUCUUUAAGGAUAUGUGCUCUCAUGGUCAACAGCCAGAUAUAGUAACCUUCUCAAUUAUGAUUGAUGGCUUGUGUAGACAAGGGAAUCUCGAUGAAGCACUUACACUAUUGAAAGCAAUGGAGAAAAGUCAGUUGAAGCCUAAUUUUGUGAUCUAUAGCAGUCUGAUCAAUGGUACUUGCAAGGAUAUGACUACAACUUCACCUUUCUAACCAUAAAGGGCGCAGGAUAUACGGUCCCAAAAUACAAGGUAAGAGAAUCACUAGACUUCUACAGCUGUUGGUUGGAUGAAAUGUCACUAAAAUUAUAAACAGAAAAUUUUAUGGGAAUUGAGGGAAAAGCAAACGUUCUCUUUGUCAAUAUGGUAUAUAACGGAUAUAUUUUAGUGUUGGACCACCGUUUGAGUUAUUUAUAUGGUGCAUUUUGCGAUACAUUUAUUGGUGUUAUGAAUGUGAAACGCAUUAUUUCUUACUGUUUGAGAUGUUAGUUAAGUUAGGCAAGAAAAGUUAUUUUGGUUGUCUCUUUUCUCCUUUCAGCAGUAUAUAAUGAGACAUUUUAUGUUUUUACCACUUUCUAAACCUUGUAAUGUACUUUUUCUUUUUUGCUU